AAGGCAGCUUCCCCUACUGCUUUUCUAGCUUGUCUCUCUCUCUGAGCUGAGGAUAUUUUGUGAAAAUGGAGAGUGAGAACAAGGGCAGCAAUAUUAUGGGUGGGAAUGGGAUGGAUGGGGUGGAGAAUAGAGGGGGGAAGGUGGGAAAGCAGCAGGGAAGAGGAAGGAGUGGUAGUUGUGCGCUGCUAGUUGUGAGGGUUUUGGGGUUGGUGUUCACUUUGGUGGCUGCUAUACUUCUUGGAGUGGACAAACAGACUAAGGUUGUUCCCAUUCAGCUUCUCUCAACCCUCCCACCUCUCGAUGUUCCCGUUACUGCUAGGUGGCAUUACUUGUCUGCCUUCGUGUAUUUUGUGGUGGCAAAUAUAAUGGCAUGUUCAUAUGCAGCCCUCUCUCUAGUCCUUAUAGUCACAAGCGGGGGUGCAAGUCACAUCUUAAAGUCGAUGAUCAUCAUCCUCGAUGCGGUAAUGGCGGCGUUGCUGUUCUCUGGCAUUGGAGCCACCGUCUCGGUUGGCUUAAUUGGGUACCAAGGGAAUUCUCACCUGCAGUGGGGAAAAGUGUGUAACGUGUUUGGAAAAUUUUGUCAUCAAGUGGUAGCAGCUGCGGUGUUUUCUCUGCUUGGAUCACUUGCAUUUCUCUUGAUAGUUGUCUUUUCUGCUUUGAGAGGCCAAGGAAAAUCUUAGUGUAAAAUGGUCAAGCUUUUUACCAGAUUAUUGGGUUCCUUAAUAAUGUGAUUGAGUUCAUUUCUGGUUGUGUAAAUCCCUAUUUUCGUUAGAAAUUGGGAGUAAAUUAUAAAAUCCUACUCUUUCGUUUGGCCAGAUUUCCCUCAUGGGACGAAAUGAAUAAAUUAUAAAUUGUUAGUC